CCUGGUAGGAAGAGAUCACCCAUGCUUCCAUCAGCAGAAUUAGCUCCAGGAGAGAUCCCUCCGUCGGUGAUGGCAAUUUCAAACUUGAGGUGUCCCUCUCCCCCACCCAUCUUGAACAACGGAUCAGCACGUAGCAUCAAUGUCCAGCCAUUACUUUCAGCAUCGCAACUGAGAGAGACCAUCCCCGCUGGGGGCGCAUUCCCAAAUCAUAAGGAGAACUUCCCUGGAACGAGUCCUGCUGUCUCUCCCAAUAUCAACGUUGGCCAUUUCGGCAACGACUCGGUUACCAGCCUAGACUAUGCAUUAAAUCCUCCGAAAAAGGGUCACCACCACAAGGUGCCGUCAGUGCAUGCCCAUUUUUUUGUUGACGAGGCCAUUAAGCCCGGAAAGAUCCGUUCCAGAAGUGGUUCUAACAGUGCAAUUAGUGAUAGUCUGAUCUCAGCUGCUCCUAGCAGGCUGAUUUCGGAAGUUCAGUCGGUUGCAAGUCCCAAACAGAGUGGAAAUGAAAAUCCCGUAACCAGCUCAGGUCUCAUCGAGCAGAAUGCCAACAUUGAUCCUCGGUUGCCUCAAGAUGAUGGCAAACUACAUGUGUUAUUGGGUGUAUGUGGUGCAUUGUCAACUGCCAAAAUCAAGCUUAUAAUAGGGAAACUUUUUGAGAUAUAUACUCCUGAGAAGAUAUCCAUCCAAUUGAUUUUGACCAAGUCCAGCGAGAACUUCUUGUCUCAAGAAACUUUAAGCCAUUUGGAGCAGGCCAAGAAAGUGAGAAUCUGGAGAGAUUCUGAUGAAUGGAGCACAUGGAGGACUAGGCUGGAUCCUGUCUUGCAUAUUGAAUUACGUCGUUGGGCGGAUAUUUUGAUUGUCUGUCCUCUUACUGCUAAUACAUUGUCUAAAAUCACGUUGGGAUUAUGUGAUAAUCUUCUUACUAAUGUCAUAAGAGCAUGGAACACCUCUUACCCAAUCUUGUUGGCCCCAUCUAUGGUAUCCUACUCGUAUAACGCCAUAACAACAAAGAGGCAAUUGAGAUUGAUUGCUGAUGAGAUGCCAUGGAUAGAAAUUUUGAAACCAGUGGAGAAAGUCGUGGGAAGUUAUGGUGAUAUAGGAAUGGGAGGAAUGAUGGACUAUAAUGAAAUUGUUAACAGAAUUGUCCUAAAGUUGGGAGGUUAUCCAGAGGAAGAGGACGAUGAAGAUGACAACGAAGAUGAGAAGGUUGUUGACGAGAAUGACGACGAUGACGAUGAAGACGAUGACGAUGAAGAUGAUGAGGAAGACACAGAGGAUGAU